ACAAAAGUAAAAAUUCAUGAAAAAUAAUCAAAAUGUUUGUGCCGCUUUGGUCUAAGCCAAGUUAGCCAUGUAGGAAGCCAGAGACGAGAUAGAGAGAGAGCCAGUGUAGUGCACCAUACUUACAGUAGAAGGAUAUUUAUAUAGUUAGGCAUCAUCAUGAAGGUAUUCCGACUGCGCCUGGUCAAGCUGCUGCUGCUGGGUUUUCUCGUGGCCAAUUUGAUAUUUAUCUAUUAUGCCUGGAACACGCUGCUCUGGCGUCGCAUAUCUCGGGCAUUGGGUGGCAGCGAUGGAGAUGGUGAUGGCCAUAACAUCGGUCCGACAGCUAAGACCCUAUCGCCAAAGGAUAAGAUACGCAACGCCAACAAACACAUACGGAAAUCCAUCACCAUAAUGUUCUAUGGCCAUUAUAAUUUCGAACAGGACCUGCGAUCGAGCAUUGAGAGCAUCCUAGAGAUUAUACCCAAUAUGCCGAUAAUGGUGCUGCAGGAAGGAGGCGUUGAGUACUCCUAUCCGCCAGUUAGCUACGACCGUAAUUUGACCACCGGCGAAGAGGACACAGUGCGCUUCGUUAACUUGGCGUUUGAUGUGCGUCAGACGCGGCAACAACUCAGUCCCUUGGCCAUGGUUCACACAAAAUAUGUCCUGCUAAUGCCCGACAGUGUCCGCCUGAGCGGCAAGAACCUGCUGCAGAAAAUUCUACGUGAGAUCAACACUGUGCCCGGAGUCAAGGAUCCGGCACAACGCGUGACCGUUGCCUCGGAUGAAGUAGUUAAACGUCUAGUGCUCGUGCCAUUCGUUGGGAAUCUCAAAUCCUUUAGCAGUUGUGUCAAACUUAAUUUGGAUCUGCCCAAUUGGACGCUGGAAUUGAUAGCUUCCAAUCAUACCGCCCACUGUGAUCUGUUCUUGCAGAAACAUGCAAUCCUUGUCGAUGUGGAAGCUUUAAGGGUCAUGCCAGAGCCAUUUGCCUUGCCCUUUCCCGAGAUGUUUUACAUACAAGCGAAAAUGGCAAAUCUUACGGCAACGGUAUUUCCGCAAUCCUUCCAGGAGGGUCGACGACUCUUUGCCUCCUUCCACACGAAACAGCGACGCAUGGAGCUGCGUCGUCGACAAUUCCGGGACAUGUACAAGAAACUGCAGAUAAAGCGACUUGUUCGAAGGGUUCACAAGGUGCCCACUAAAGCUCCGGCAGCCAAGGAGACUGGAAGCUGGCAGCAUAACUUAGUGAUCGAUGCCCAGUUCUCUUCGUCGAACUUUUCUCUGCCCCAAACUACCGUAAUUGAUCUUUUUGGCUGCGAACGAACCACCAAAUCCUGCAUCGGUGCCGUUUACAAUAAUCGUCCGUUCUACUUCUACAUGGACCGCCAUACGCCUCCGUGUUGUCUGGACAAACUAAAGACCACUUUCAACCAUGUGAUGGAGGAAUUCGAAAAUGUUGGCAUACGUUACUGGUUGGACAAUUACGCCCUGAAGAGCGCCAUCGAGACGAAUCAAUUGUCGCCGGAUGCCUAUGACAUCGAUAUAAGUUUCAAUGUACAGGAUCUGGAGCGCUCGAAUGCCAUGAGGAAGUCCCAGAGUAAGCCGUAUGUUGAUAACGAAGGCUUCUAUUGGAUCAAGGCCACCGAUGGUCAUUACUUUCGGGUGCAAUUCUCCAAAAUUAAUCAAGUGGGCGUCAAUCUGUUGCCCCAUGAGAUAAGUGGCACCGAUGUCAAAGCCAGCGGAUUCUUCGGCUGGAAAGCAAACACUUUCGCAGCGGAUUACUUGCAUCCGAUGUCAACAGUUUUGUUCCUCGGCCGGGCAGUCAUGUGUCCCAACAAUGUGCUCGAGUACUUGGAAGAAAAACGCAUCAAAGUCAAGGCAGAUGAGACCAUGAUGGAGGAUUAAAUCUAGUUCAAUUCCUUUUAAUUAGUUUACGUAAAUUUUUGUUGAACGAUUUAGCCUAAUUCCUAGUAUAAAAAAGCUUCACUUGGGGCACAUAUUUCGGUCUAGAUGAACUGUUAAUUGGACAACGAUUAUUCUCAGAUCACUUAGACUCAAUUGAGACUCGGCAUCCAAAUUGGAGCAAUGUCAAAAUAUUUAUGUAUGUGACUCGAUCUGAAAAUCAACCUAUUCCCACUGUAUUUAUUCGUCCAACGUAGCACACUGGAACAAAUACAAAAUAACUUUCUCAAAAAUGAACUCUGUGACCAUUGAAUUUUUGUUAGUCAAAUCGGAAUUACUAAUAAUGAACGAAAAUAAAUCAUGUGACCACUAAUACAAAUAUUACUUAGAUAAACAGAUUUUUACACAGUUUAGAUGAGAUUUUGUUAAAUCUUUAAGUAUCUCCACGUAGGACAGAUUUUGACUUAACUUGUUUAAUUAUAGU